GGGUAGAAGAAGUGGUACAGUCCCGUUAGUUCUCUCAGCCGCGCCAGUCUGCGGAUAUUAACGACAAUGAACACGCAUAAACUGCACCUUCCUCUAAAACGAACUCUAAAAUGAACUUUUACCCGUUGGUUAUUUUACUAGGAGCUUCGGUCUUUGUGUGUGAUGGCGUACAUGUCACAGUGCGGGAGAAGCAGCGUUUUGCGAUGCUCUUCCAGUCUGUGGUCCUCCCGUGUCAUUACCACACGCCGUCCGUUCAGACUCCUGUGGUGCAGUGGUGGUACAAGUCCUACUGCCGAGACCGUACACGGGACUCCUUCACCUUGUCUGAGUCUCUGGGUGUCCACGCGUCCGAGCUUGGAGCUUCAUCGCAGCUGGAGUGCGCUGACAGCAGACGCACAGUCCGUGUUGUGGCCUCGGCGCAGGGACCCUCCAUCACACUGGCUGAACACUACAAAGGCAGAGACAUCACCAUCAUAAACAAAGCAGACUUGAGGAUCGGGGAGCUGCGGUGGGGCGACAGCGGAGUUUACUUCUGUAAAGUUGUCAUUGCUGAUGAUGUGCAGGGGCAGAACGAGGACCACCUGGAAUUACUUGUGCUCGGCAGGACAGCUCAGCAGGACGAUCUCCUACCUGAGUUUGAUCUGGAAAUUAUGCCAGAAUGGGCGUUUGUUGGGUCUGUAGUCCUGGGCAGCAUCUUGUUCCUGCUGCUCCUGGGCAUCUGUUGGUGCCAGUGCUGCCCACACUCCUGCUGCUGCUACGUCCGCUGCUGCUGUUGUCCUGACACUUGCUGCUGCCCUCGACACUUGUAUGAAGCGGGGAAGAUGGCAAAGACUCGACAGCCUACGCAGGUUCCUGUGUAUCCUUACUACAUUCCUGCGGUCCCCGGCAUGGUUCCUCUUGCUCCUUCUUCCCAUGUGGAGCCAAAGGUUUCUUCUAUGCCCUCAGUGGAGAAUAACGUGACUGGAGUGCGCAGUGGUUAUCGGCUGAAACCCAGACAGAACCAGGACUCAAUGACAGUUCUGUACUACAUAGAGAAGGAGCUGGCUCAGUUUCCCUCUACCAAGAUGGCUGCACUCCAAUCUAGUAGCCUUUCAGAGCUGAGUUCGCUUCAUGAUGGAGGGAAUACAAACUUUCAUCACACCUAUCAGACGGUCCAGAUGAAGGCAUUGCCUCCAAUUGAAGAUCUUGACAACCCGUCUCUACUGAGAGUUCCUCCGCCAACCCAUAGUCGCAGGCACAAACGGGACAGAGACCAACACUCCGAUGAUGAACAAGACAGCAGGUGGAACCCUCGUUCUGAGAACCUGCAGAGAAAAACACUGGACAGGAGAGGGCAUUUUGGCUCCCUGGACGAACUGGAGGAAUUUGCGCGUUCAUAUGGCUCCCGAGCUCGUCGGGCUGAGCCUCGAGACCGACGCGGUUAUUGGGAUUAUCCAAACAACAGUCCUCCCAGGCGCUUCUGCAGAGAGGAGGCUGAUGGUUGGGGUCGUCGCAGCACUUCUCCUUUAUCUCACAAGAGGAGGGACACAUGGGACAGUGAGUGCCCUGCUAGGCCAUCCCAAAAUCAGGCUCAGGCCAGCAGAGACUAUGAUGACACCUUCCUUAACAAUGUGCUGGAGAGCAAGGCGAGGGGGUGGAAAGGGGACAGAGUUGCUGGGAGGGUGGAUGAGGACAGUGAUACACCUUCCAAGGGCAGCUCCAGAGGAAAGGGUAGCAACAGCUACUACAGUCGCUCGCCAAGCAACCGUCCAGAAGACGAGGACCCAUUGCCUCCGUACUCUGAGGUGGAGCGUUCCCGAAGGGCUGGUCACAACACAGAACGCUAUCGAACAGUAGAGCCUCCCAGUACAGAACGUUAUGGACCAACUGACCCAGCCAUGAGACCUUUUUCUUACACCCGCCCCCAUCCAGGAAAGUCCCAAACCGUACAAGGAUCCAGACAGGAGAGAGAGAGGUGCCCAAAUCUGAGCAUUUCACUGAGCCGAGAUUCUCUGGUAGUGUGACUGACGAGCGUUCCACAGCCUCGGCCCACACAGCACACUGACAGUCCACUCACUUACACCGUCCUGUCACUACACAGGAGUGGCUAAACGCUGCACGUGAAGUCUCACCUCACUGAAAUAACAGGACCGAUAACUCCUGCAGAUGUGUGCACAUUUUUCCUCAUGUGCAUGUGCAUACCUGUGUACUUAUAACUGUGUAGUCUAUAGAUGGAUGUAUGUGGUGUGUGUGCUCAUGUAUUUGUAAAAACUGAUGUGCUAAAUGAUUGUAAAACAAGUGCCAAGUGUCAUUUUCUGUUGCCACACCCAGAAUGAUUGAUGCCAUGUGUUGUAUGACACAAAACAGGAAGCCACAUUUUUCAGAAUUUUUAAAAAGAUUUCAUACUUCUGGCUGUGUAUACUGCACCUCAGGUUUACUUUGUGUGUUUAUAGAGAAAUAUAAUGUAUCUUGAAUUUAUUCUGCAUAUUUAAAUUGCACUGCUUACAUAUCCAAACCUGCAGAAUACACAAACUGGCCUUUGAGGACUUGCCUUUAUUUACCUUUUAAUUGUGUUGACCUGAAUUAUUUUGAUAUAAAAUGUCUCUUAUAGAA